GUGAAACUUGAAGUGCGUGCUGACCUGUCACAUUCAACCUUGCUAUUCUUCGGUGUAGGUCCUAGUGAUGCAUCUCCAGAUGAAGGAGUAGUAGAAGAUCUGCCUUUAAUAGAUGAGAAGGCUGUGGAGCAGCUAACUGAAGGAUUGAUUUCUCAUUAUCUACCUGAUCUUCAGCGAUCAAAAUCAGCACUACAGGAACUUACACAGAACCAAGUGGUAUUACUAGAAACAUUAGAACAAGAAAUCUCAAAAUUCAGAGAGUGUAACUCUAUUCUUGAUAUCAAUGCUUUGUUUUCAGAAGCUAAACACUAUCACAACAAGUUAGUGAAUAUUAGAAAUGAAAUGAUGAUGCUGCAUGAGAAGACGUCAAAGUUAAAAAAAAGAGCACUUAAGCUGCAACAAAAGAGGCAGAAGGAAGAACUGGAACGAGAACAGCAACGUGAGAAGGAACUUGAAAGAGAGAAGCAGUUAACAGCAAAACCUGCUAGGAGGACAUGAAAGCAGAGCGUGCAACUACUUGUCCAAAUUAAUCAUUUCUGCAUUCUCUAGAACUGAGGCAGACUUUGCUUAAACUGCGCUAUAGUUGUUACUAGCAACAGUCUACUCUAUGAUGUUGUAAAUUCCAGAAUGGUAAUAAUAGGGUUGGUAACAUGCAAUUUUUCUCAUUUCAGCCAUUCAAGUUGCUCUCUUUUGUAAUGCUAUGCAGUUUGAUAUUAUGAUGAUGUAAGUUAAUUUUAUA